UUAGGCUUAAACAACUAAAAUUAUUUUAAUUUACCCUCCCUUCUUCUUUGUCCAACAGGCAACAACGAAGACCACCAACACCAGCAAGAAGGAGCCAGCGAACGGCAUCGUGCACUUGAAGCUGAAGAAGAUCCAUUCCAAUUCCACUUUCACCUUCCAAUAUAUAUCUACACGACGAAUCUUCAUCUCUCCAUUUCUGGAAGUGCUUUCUCCGGUGUUACGGCUUCGGCAAUUGCGGUUUAUUGUCCAACUUGAUUAAGGGGAUUUACAAGUUAACACAUUGAACUGGAUUGUCGAGGAGCUGGAAUUUGAUAAUUUUGGGAAUUUACGGCUUUCUAAAGGUUUUAUUAGAUUUUUUAGGGUUUUGUAAUUAAGAAAUGGUAUCACUAUCUGUUUGAUUAUUUGGUUGGGUUUGUAGUUGUGUUUUGGUAGCGAGAAAUUUGGGUUUUUUUUUUUAAUCCCAUUAAACAUUUUGAGUGGUGGAUAGGGUUUAUGAUGAUAGAUCGAGAAUGGUGCGGCUUUUGGGACUGACUCGCGGAGACUCGUACGAGUCGCCUCGGGAGAUUACGUCGCGGGCAAACCCGACGAGUGAAUCCGGUGAGAACGGGUGGCUUAUUCGAUUCUUCGAUUCUGCGUUUUUCUGUGAGUGGAUUGCUGUUAGCUACCUCUACAAGCAUGAGCAUUCAGGGGUACGUGAUUACCUAUGUAAUCGAAUGUACACCCUUCCAUUAUCGGGUGUUGAGAGCUAUUUAUUCCAAAUAUGUUACAUGAUGGUUCACAAGCCGAGUCCCUCUUUGGAUAAAUUUGUCAUUGAUAUUUGCUCGAAAUCUCUUAAGAUAGCUUUGAAGGUGCACUGGUUUUUGUUGGCCGAGUUAGAGGACUCCGAUGACAAUGAAGGGAUUAGUAGGAUCCAAGAGAAGUGUCAGAUUGCGGCCACCUUGAUGGGGGAGUGGCCGACUUUGAUACGGCCCCAAAGUGAGUCAAGUAGCCCUGGAAGUAAGAACCAGGUUUUGAAUAAAAUAUUAUCAUCAAAACAAAGGCUGUUGUCACUGACAUCUUCUCCUCCCCCUCAGAAGUCUCUAUCUUUCUCGCCUUCAGGAAGUGUGGCGCUAGAGGAUGGUAGUCAGUCUCCUGACGAGAACAAAAUAUUUAAAAAAUUUAUCCCAGGUGCAAAGGUUCGAGAUGCGUUGCUCUUUCGUAAAUCUGUUGAUAAAGAUGAUGACGACUCUGAGAAGGAUGGAUUCUUUAAAAGACUUUUAAGGGAUAAUAAGGGUGAAGAUGAGGGGGGUUCAAAGAUUCGAGAACUUUUCAGGAAGUCAUCGGAGAAGGAUGAUGAUGACUCUGAGAAGGAUGGAUUCUUCAAAAGACUUUUAAGAGAUAGUAAAGGGGAUGAUGAGGACUUAACAUCAAGCUCAGAUGGUUUUUUUAAGAGGUUGUUUCGUGAUGGCAAGAAUGAUUCCGAAGAUAGAUCAGCUUUGAAAUCAGCCGAGGAUGAGGAAAAAGAAGGGUUCUUUAAGAAGUUUUUCAAAGAUAAAGUUGAUGAUAAGAGGGAUGGAACUGAUAGGUAUGAAGAUGAAGAAGUGAUUUACUCUGAAGAAAAAAGUUCAAAAUCUACUGAAGAUGAUGAUAAAGAAGGCUUCUUUCGGAAAUUCUUUAGGGAUAAAUUUGACGACAGGAGAGAUGGUACUGAUAAAGCUGACGAGGGAAGUGUCAACGGGGAGGAAGAUGACUCUUCUGAAUUUUCAUUAUUCAAAAGGUUAUUUAGAGUGCACCCAGAAGAUGCUAAAAAUAAUGUGGCAAAUGAAAACAGUAAUGGUGGCUUGGCUGAAAGUAGCCCAGGAACUGAGAAUUUUUUUCGCAAAUUGUUUAGAGAUCGGGACCGAUCAGUUGAAGAUUCUGAGCUAUUUGGUUCAAAAAAGCAUAAAGAGAAACAUCCUGGUUCGCCUCAGCAACAGAAUGAGAAAGCAAAUGCUAAACCCCCGCUUCCUAACCAUACUGCAUCCCAGGUCCGCAAAGGGGCUUAUCAUGAAUCAUUGGACUUUGUGCAGUCAUUAUGCGACACAUCAUAUGGUUUGGUGGAUAUAUUUCCAAUUGAAGAUCGCAAAAAUGCUCUUUGUGAGUCUCUUGUAGAGAUCAAUCAGCAUGUAACUGAGGCCCAAAAUAGUGGAGGAGUUUGCUUUCCGAUGGGAAAGGGAAUGUUUCGUGUGGUUCAUAUACCUGAAGAUGAAGCUGUGCUUUUAAAUUCUAGGGAGAAAGCGCCUUACCUUAUCUGUGUUGAAGUCUUGAAAAGUGAAACACCUAGUAACCCAAAGGAUACAUCCAGUUCUCAAAAGCUUUCUAGAGGAGGGAUUCCCUUGGCAAAUGGUGAUGCACUUCUGCCAAAGCCACCUCCUUGGGCAUAUCCAUUAUGGACUGUCCAGGAGGUGUAUCGCAAUAGUAAUGAUAGGAUGUCAAGUUCUACUGCACAAGCAAUUGACCAGGCUAUGGCUCACAUGUCGGAGGCAAAAGUAAAGUUUGUUAACGUGAAACUUUCUUUGGAGAAGCGAUCUUGCAGCCAUUCAGAGGACAUGAGAAAACCUAAUUCAUGUGCAAAUAUCCAUAGUGCUAGUGCUCGUGCCACUCAAAUUGUGUCUAAGAGUUGUGAAGGUGGAGAUGAUGGAGCUGAUGCAUCAAAAUCAGCCCAUGAUUGUGAUUUAGAGUGGGUAAGGGUAGUGCUGACAGCAGACCCUGGUGUUAGGAUGGAUGACAUUGAGGUUCAAGGUCCACCACGUCGAAAGGAACACCGUCGUGUUCCAAGUACAGUAGCUAUUGAGGAAGUCAAGGCAGCUGCUGCAAAAGGAGAAGCACCUCCUGGACUCCCUUUGAAAGGGGCUGGUCAGGAUUCAUCAGAUGCACAGCCUAUGGUUAAUGGUGCUACUCCCAAGGCCAGUGAUGCCCUGUCUGGUGAACUUUGGGAGGUAAAAAAAGAGAGAAUACGCAAAGCGUCAGUCUAUGGAAAAUUAACUGGUUGGGACUUGCGCUCUGUAAUUGUGAAGAGUGGUGAUGAUUGUAGGCAGGAACACCUCGCUGUGCAACUUAUUUCACACUUUUAUGAUAUAUUCCAAGAAGCUGGUCUUCCACUAUGGUUGCGACCUUAUGAAGUCUUGGUUACCUCUUCCUACACAGCUUUAAUUGAAACAAUUCCAGAUACGGCUUCACUUCAUUCUAUCAAAAGUAGAUAUCCCAGCAUUAGUAGUCUACGAGAUUUCUUCAUUGCCAAGUACCAAGAAAAUUCUCCAAGUUUUAAGCUUGCCCAGAGAAAUUUUGUUGAAAGUAUGGCUGGAUAUUCUCUCGUGUGCUACCUUCUACAGGUAAAAGAUCGACAUAAUGGAAAUCUGCUAAUGGAUGAAGAAGGUCAUAUUAUACAUAUUGAUUUUGGGUUUAUGCUCUCUAAUUCCCCUGGUGGAGUAAAUUUUGAGAGUGCUCCAUUUAAAUUAACUCGCGAACUUCUAGAGGUGAUGGAUUCUGAUGCUGAGGGAGUUCCAAGUGAAUUUUUUGAUUAUUUUAAGGUUUUAUGCAUUCAAGGCUUCCUCACAUGCCGUAAGCAUGCAGAGCGAAUUAUUCUUCUUGUUGAGAUGUUGCAGGAUUCUGGCUUCCCAUGCUUUAAAGGUGGUCCACGAACAAUACAGAACCUAAGGAAACGGUUCCAUCUUAGUUUAACAGAAGAGCAAUGUGUGUCCUUGGUGCUUUCGCUGAUUAGCAGCAGCUUGGAUGCAUGGCGAACACGACAGUAUGAUUAUUAUCAAAGAGUUUUGAAUGGAAUAUUGUGAAGUAAAAUUAUAAUUAAAAUCACAACCUCCAUUGAAACACAAGCUGGCCCAGUGACUAUAUGUCAAUUGUAGUUUUAUAUGUAAGUCACUGCAAUAUUAGUGGAGUCAGUUAUAUGUGGAUGGCUUAUGAGAUUAGCGGAGGUGAAAAGGGUUGGCUGAUGGUAAUCUAUGGUCUGUUUUUUCCUGUGAGAGGAAUUUGUAACUGUAUCGGCGAAAAUAUUCUUUGGAAGUCAGCAGGCUAUGUUUACUUCAGCAUGGUUUUCAUUUGCAUUUUUUCCUUGUUUCUUGUGAUAUGGGCUCUGCUGGCUGGUGGGAAAUGUACUUAGGAGUCAUCAUGCCACUCCUACCAUCAUCAGGCGGCAAACACUGUACAGAGCGAUUCAAAUGAGAGGACAGAUAAAAUAUGCUACAGCUAGGGAACAAAUGUUCAUUGUGUUAUCCAAAUGGCCUAUGUAUAAGUGAUUUUUAACUCUUCUGUUUCCAUGGAAGUUGGCAUAAUCUUCAGGGUAAAGCUUUGAACAGGAUCCAAAAAAUGGAAACCUGGCCAAUUUUUAAUUUAUGGUCUCAGCGUUGUUGAAACGGUAUCCGUCUUUCAGAAGUGUUGAUUCUUCCAUAGUGUACGUUGUCAUAGCAAAAUUCUUGAAUAUCAAAUAUACGAUUGUAUCUUGUACCACUGAUACCGAUUUAUAAGCAAAAUUUGUUGAUUUGAAUAUCAUCAAAUCGAGAGUUUUUAGUGGCAUUGGAAUCCAAAUACCAGCUUGGGUAGGCCCCCCCCUCCAAUUGGGAGGAAGUUUGUAACUCAGAUCACCAUGCUUGUGUAUGUUAUGCUUGUAGUGUAUUUUGUUUGUGUUUCAA